CUUCUCAAUGAACUUUCAGUUUCCGACAUUGGGUCGUUCGCCUUUAUAUUUUGCAGAUUUACUCUUUGUGUCGUUAUUUGAUAAGGAAAAAUAAUUUGCUUAUUCGUACUGGAAGCUCAACCGCCGUGAAAGUCCAUGUUUGUUGUGCUCGAUCAUGUGAAUAACUGUGUAAGUGAUGAUUUCUCUCAAGCAUCUUUCUAAAAACUGUGCUCUUCUUGGAUAAAAUUAGAAUGUGGCCAUGAAAUCAGAUUUUUCCCCUUAUAUCAAAUUACAGGCAUGGUUGAGUGGUUUUCUCUGAAGGAGGAACUUCGCUGAAAUACGAAGGCAAUGCAAAGAUUAAUGUGAGGUGCUAGAAAACUAAGCAUUCAAGAAUCAGCAGUGUAUUUCAAUCCUUCAUUGUUUUUCUGUUCGAUCAAUUGAAGUCGCAUCAUGUCAGGCCCAAGAAGGAUGAGAAGACCCAAUUUAAAAGUAAUGGUACCAGAUGAAGCUCCUGUUAUGAAUCUUCCUCCAAACCUAGACAGGAGAACAACGAUCACCAUCGGUGAUCAGACAUUUGUUGUUGAAGCUGAUGAUCUGGAAAAAAUAUGUGACCUAGGACGUGGGGCAUACGGUGUUGUUGAAAAAAUGCGUCAUGUUUCAACUGGGACUAUAAUGGCUGUGAAAAGAAUUGCCGUCACAGUAAACACUUUGGAACAGAAGCGGCUUCUGACAGACCUGGAUGUAUCGAUGAGAUCAUCUGACUGUCCUUACACUGUCCAAUUCUAUGGUGCUUUAUUCAGGGAAGGGGAUGUCUGGAUUUGUAUGGAAGUGAUGGACACCAGUUUAGAUAAGUUCUACCCAAAAGUCUAUAAAAAUAAUAGGUCGAUUCCAGAGAACAUUCUUGGAGCCAUCACAGUAGCUGUUGUGAGUGCAUUAGAUUACUUAUAUGCUAAACUGCGUGUCAUUCAUCGAGAUGUAAAGCCGUCCAAUAUUUUAAUCAGUCGCAACGGAGCUGUCAAAAUGUGUGAUUUUGGGAUCUCAGGUUACCUUGUUGAUUCGGUUGCCAAAACUAUUGAUGCUGGCUGCAAACCCUAUAUGGCUCCAGAACGUAUUGAUCCCACCGGAAACCCUGCCAACUAUGACAUUCGAAGUGAUGUUUGGAGCUUAGGAAUUUCGCUGAUAGAAUUAGCCACGGGCAGAUUUCCGUACGACAGUUGGGGCACUCCAUUUGAGCAGUUGAAACAAGUAGUCAAAGACGACCCUCCAGCACUCCCGCCUGGAAAAUUCUCAACGCAAUUUGAAGAUGUCAUCCUUAAGUGUUUACAAAAAGACUUUGCUCUCAGGCCCAACUACACAACACUCUUAGCUCACCCGUUCUUACAGACGCAUCGGGAUUGCGAUCAAAGCUAUAUUGCAGACUUUGUCUCAUCCAUCCUCGACAUCGAAGACUGAACUCUCAAAUACAUUGAAUUCUUUGGCGUUUCAUAGACCUGUGUUCCUAAGCUCAAAGACUUUAGCCCAAAACUUCAUCAAACAUUAGAUCUGAUUCUUAGUUGUGUUCCUUCGAUAGUUGAACCAUUUAGAUUGACGGAUUGUGUUUUCUGUCAAAAUUGUAGAUAUUUUUUUUAUAUCUUUUGUAUUUAAGUUUGCAUGAUUCCGGUGUUAACGUGUGAAGUACAAACGUAAAACGGUGCCUCAUGCAGUGUGACUUUUUUGUCACAGUUUUUAAUUACUUAAUUUAUUCAUUUGUAUAACACAAUUUUCUUCAAAUUUUUGACGAAAAAACUUAUCGAUCAAAUAUUUUCCUUGAUUUUCUGAAAAAGCCAUAGUUUAUUACUGUUUGAAACCUCUGAAGCUUAGAAUUUCUUACACUUUUAAGUAUGAAUGUUUGAUUUUAACAUAUUUACUGGGUCCUAAAAAUAUUUAAUGUCAUGCAAGUACAUUAUCAUAAAUUUGUCUCGAGCUUCCUUCUGAUGAAUUCUAUGAAAUUUUCGUAGCAUGAAAGGAAACACUGCAUAAAGAGUAGUGCAUGUAGGGAUGCAGCGAAGAAUGUAUGAUUACACUUAAGGUUUGUGGUGUAUUAUAUUUUGACAAACCGUGCAUUUUAUUAGCUUUGCAGUUCUUUUUAAAAGGAAAAUGGUAUACUGCCUCCAAUUCAAAGCAUACUGCGUACCUUUACCAAACGUUGCCGGAUUUCAUCAAUCAGGUUACAUCAUUAAAGCAGUUUAAAUUCAGCUUUUGUUUCUAGAAAAUAAAAACUGUUUUUUUCUACAUGAGACUUAUUUUGCCACUUGAUGUGGCUGUUGCUUUGAAAGUGUUAUCACUUUAAAACUUUAUGCUCUUUAGCUGGCGGUUUGAGGCAUAUUUUUUAGGAAAUUGAUUUUCUGCACCAAACUGAACUGAAAUAAUACCAAUUCUUUGGUCAAAAAGAAAGUAUUUCCCCCCACAAAAAAAGUGGGAGUAAUGAUGGGCCACUAGACAGGGCAAGUAUUAAGGCUCUACGAGGGGGCUCGCCUCAAAACACUUUGUGGUUCAAUCCCCCUAAGGGCUUUGCGCCUCAAGCAUUAUGCGUUACUCUUUUAAUUCCAUAUUAUCGAGUAAGAUAAGAUGGUGGAUUUCUUUAUACAAAUUUUAUAGCAGCAAGAUGGGAUUUCUUACUCAGCCUAGUGGUAUGUUUUUCUAGUUUUUAUCAUGUUUGUUGUAAAGUUUCUCAGUUCAUCAAUAGUGUGCUAAAAACUUGAGAGAACUUGAGUGUAUUGGAAGCUUUUUGCAUCAAAUUUGUUGUUAUUAAUUGAAAAAUUUAAACUGCCUGUGCACAAUUGAUUAGGUAGAAAAUCAUUGUAAUUUUAAAGGAAAACUUUUUGUCCAAGGUUUUUUUCUCAUUAAUCUUAUUGCCAGUUUGCAGUGAAAAAAGACUAUAACUGCCCUAUUCCAUUAUAUAUCUAUGAAACCCAUGAAAAAAGGAAGAAAACCAAACUCCAAGGAAGAAAAAAUCAUCAAACUUAUUUUAGUCAGGUUAUAAUUUCUUGUAAUUCAACCAAAAUUUCCAACAUUUGUCAUAGCAUUCCUACUCUACUUUUUUUAACGGAUUUGAACUGUGGAUUGUUAGCAAGCUUAAAGUUGAUGAACAAAUGCUCUUGAAUUUUAUUAGUGUUAUUUGUACUUUUUAACUCAGCAUCAUUGUAUUUUACCUCGUAAGUUAAUUGUUAUCUUUUAGUUUUACAUUUUGUCCGUAGCAUAGAGGAGCGAUUUGAAAUUUACGAAUGUCCCAAGUUGUCAGUAAUGUUAAACAUUUUUAAGAUAAUAGGAUGUUAAUUGUGUGAUGCAGAGAAAAAAAUUACUGGAAUUGUGAAAAUUUCUAACUAAAUUUUGAGAAAAAAUAUUUUCUCAGUUCAUUAAUCUCAGAAGCUCUUGUUUUUAUUCAUGAUGCAGCUGUUUGAAAACAACUCUUGCUGCCUGUGGCAUUUUUUCUGUGAAGUUGAAAUACUAUCUAUUUUAAAUCGUAAGUAAGGAGGUGAUUGUACUCUUUUCAGGGUGUCCACAGAUUUGGAAAACAGGGAAUUCCAUCAGGUCAGGGUAAUCAGGAAAAGACCGGAAAUAUUCUCAGAGUGCCUUCAAUGGGUUUCAGGCUUUUUAAACCAGAUCUUUUGUAUGUAAAAAUCAGCGCUGUCCACAAAAUCAAACUGAGAGGAUUUAGUUUCAACAAAGGAUUGCACUUUUAGUUACCUGAAUGAUUUAAGUAAGCUUGAAGGAAAAUAGGUUCGCGAGUCUCUGUCAUCUGCAGUGAAAAUAAUGUCAAAAAUAUUGUUCAUUUUUAGCUCAACUUGUGCAGAUUGUUAAUGUGAAAAGUCUGGAAAUUUUGAUCAUUCACAGAAAAGUCAGAGAAUUUGGUCCUACCAAGUUUGUAGACACUCUAGUUCUGAGAACGGCAAAAGCUGCUAUCACAUCAGCAGUCCCGAACAUACAGUCAAAUGGUGUGCGCAUGUGCAGAGACUGCAGACAGCAAAACACUACUGUCGAUUGUCCACUUAGUUUGUGAAUGUCAUUAAUUGUACAGUCGGACUUCUAAUAUGAUAACAGCUAAACAUGUCUAUUUUCCAUAAUUUUGCUGCAAUGUGACGUGUGAGAUUCAAAUAGCGAUUUCGACCAUAUUUUUUUAGUGAGCCGAAUGUUUAAAUUUACAAAAAUGGAAAAUUUCAAUUUCUCCUUUAAAGUUGAAAUCUUUAAUGGGUUCUUCGCGUUCUAUCUUAAGUAUCGAUGAAAGUACACAUUUUGUGGCGUUAGAUUGUCAUCUUUCUUUAGUGUUCCAUUUUUUAAUGAGAGUCUCUGCGAAGAAGGAAAUGAAGCGUUCUCGUUUUGAUCUUUGUAUGAACUAGCGCAGAUGUCUUUAAAAUACUAGGCUGGAGUCAAAAAUUUGUUCUCUUCUUAAAGGGUGCUUCGCAAGAUCGCACAUUUUAAGGAAAUCGUAAAGUCCUUUGUAUUUUGAUCCACCCGGAAUUCAUAAAUUCCCUCGAAUUUGUUAUUUAUCUAGUCCUACAGCUUCAACAUUCAAGUGCCAAAUUAUGCAAGAAGGAAUAUUUAGAAAAAAUGUAAAUUAUGCUUAUUGUCCUUGCAUAAACCAUUCAUGCCAUUGUAAUUAAUUGAAUUAUUUCCUCAUAAAAGGGGGGAGGGGUCCAGUAUGAUUAUGCACAACGCAUUAAGUGACAUUCUUGAAGGUAUUAUGAUUGCAUUACACAGUAAAAUUCAAUUACUCUCCCAAGAUAAUUUUUUGCACAUUAAAAAAAUAGGUUUUUUAUUCCUUAUUGGUAUUAAUCGGAUGAGCAUGUUGUAAUAAAGAGACGCAGGGAGGUCACAAGUACUAACAUCUCAAGAAAGUUAAUGAAAAUCACCUGUUUGCGGUGUAAAAGUUCAGUUAUAAAAAAAAUUGUCCCACAAUGGAACCCUAGACAAGAUGCAAAAUUAAGGAUUUUGAUCUAUGUUUUCUCAUCAAAAUUUCAUGUAGAACACGAUUAUUGUAGCUAACAUAAUUGAAUCAGUGAGAACGAAAAUUAAAAUUUUGAAGAGUUAACACCUACCAGAAUGCUUACUUAAAUUCGCACAUUUUCUGUUGGUUCAUCAUUUCAAGCCUGUUGCAUCACACUCUUGACUUAAUUGUAGCCCUCAGGAAGAAAAAAAAUGAGUAAAAACACACUCACUGCCACGAAGUUUUGCAAAUCUGUUCUGUUCCGUACCCCCCCCCUCCUCCUAUGAAUAAAGCAUACCAAAAUUCUUUGCUGAAAAUGACACUAGAAGCCUUGUUGGUUAUCUUCUCAUUGCUGUAGUUGCUUUUUGGUUGAAUUAUGUAUUUUCUCGCUUUUGUUUUAAAAAAAAAGAAGAAAACCUAGCGAGGUUGAGUUUUUAAAUUGUAACUACAAAUUUUCACAUUCAUGUUUUUUUAAGUUAAAAUAUUCUGUAUUCAGCCAAUCAACUUAGUUAGAAAAACCCUACCUACUCAAAACAAAAUCAAGGACGUUUAACUUAAUUUGGAUGGUUCCCAUUCACUUAAUGUUUAAAAUUAAACGGUAGACGUCAUGUUUUAUUUCAUUUUAGCCAAUGAUAUCAUUGUAGAAGUGGUGGUUCUGUUAGUUAUAAUUAUCAACCAGUCAAAAUGUUACUUGUACCUCCUUUCAAGCUAAUUAAAUUUUUGUUUUUAAUGUAAAAUAUGAACAUUUGAGACAAGUAAUUACUUAAUAAUUCUCUCUAAGAAUCAUUGAAUUAGUGCCCAGUCCUGAAUUAAGAUAUGCUGGUCAUGAGAAAAGAUAGUUGAUAACAGUGCAAUUUUUGUUGAAGUGAUGAUAUUUUAUUGGUUUAUCUAUUUUUUUAAAUGCUUGUUAGUUUUAUAAAAAAGAAUGAUGCAUUUGGUUUUGAAGAAACUAGGUGUAGUGAGGAUGGUUAAGUAAAUCGUUCAGUUAAUUUGAACAUAAGUAUUUAUUGUAAUUCGAUUUUUAUAAUUUUCAGAUUACAAUCAACAUUAACAAAAACCAGGAAGAUUAUCUCAUGUUGCGAAAGUGAACAGUGCCUCGGUUAAUUGUUUUUGUGUCUAUAUUUGCCAUUGCUCUCAGGGGACUGAAGGCAAUGGUUGCCGCAGUGUUUUAUUUUUUUACUUGUGUCAAAGAAAGUUCUGGAUCAUAGAUAAACCUUUUCUGUUUUCCUUUGUGUAGAUACUCAUAUAGAAAAGAAAAAGGAAAAAAAAUCAAAACUUGUGAAAUAAAUAUAGAAAUCCGUCUCAUCCCCA